CUGCUAAUCCUAAUCCAAAGUUCCCGUCGCUGCGUUCAGGCAGCCGCCGGCGACCAGUGAAUGCUUCCGCAUCCCACCGCGCGUCAGGAAGCAGAGAGGCCAGCGUCCAGCCGCCAGCUCGCCCACCCUACCCGAGCUCACCCACAUCGGCAGCCGCCGCCGCGACGCCACCGCUAUGCGCAGAGGAGCGCCAUUAUUUUGAUCCUCUGAUUCUUUCCCCACGUUGGGCGAUACUUCCUAUGCGCCACCGCCGCCCGCGGAUCACACAGCGGCGGCAGUAGCGCGAGGGAGGCGGUCAGAGGCCGAAAGAUUUGGAUCGAUGGAGAUCCGCGCCCGCGCGCCCGGCAAGAUCAUCCUCGCCGGCGAGCACGCCGUCGUCCACGGCUCUGCCGCCGUCGCCGCCGCCAUCGACCUCUACACGCAGUCCUCCCUCCACCUGCCCCCCUCAGGUGAGGGCGGCGCCGGCGAAGUGGAGGUUGACCUGACGGACUCGGGCCUCGCCUUCUCCUGGCCAUGCUCGCGCCUCCUCGAGGCGCUGGGGGAGACCUCCCGCAAGGCGGAGCUGCAGGCCCCGAGGCCCUGCUCCCCGGAGGAGCUGGCCGCCAUUGCCAGGCUCGUGGAGCUGCACGAGAUACCCGAGGCCAAGAUCUGGCUCUCCGCCGGCCUCUCCGCGUUCCUCUACCUCUACACCUCCAUCCUGGGGUGUAGGCCUGGGAAGGUCGUGGUGAGCUCUGGCCUGCCGAUGGGCGCCGGGCUUGGCUCGUCGGCUGCGUUCUCCGUGUCGUUGUCGGGCGCGCUGCUGACAGCGGCAGGUGUGGUUUCUGCUGAGGGCGCCGUUGGCGGAACGGAGUGGCAGUUGUUGGGGAAGGAUCAUCUUGAGCUGGUUAACACGUGGGCGUUCCAGGGGGAAAAGAUUAUUCAUGGCAAGCCUUCUGGCAUUGAUAACGCUGUCAGCACUUUUGGAAGCAUGAUCAAAUUCAAGAAGGGAGAAUUGACGAACCUCAAAUCUGGCAAUCCAGUCAAAAUGCUCAUUACUGAUACAAGGGUUGGUAGGAACACCAAGGCUCUGGUUGCUGGUGUGUCUGAAAGAGCAUCUAGGCAUCCCGAUGCUAUGGCUUCCGUCUUCCAUGCAGUCAACACUAUUAGUGAAGAGCUUUCCAGCAUUGUUGAGUUAGCUGCUACUGAUGAGAUAGCCAUGACCUCAAAGGAAGAAAAGCUAGCAGAACUCAUGGAGAUGAACCAAGGUUUGCUCCAGUGCAUGGGAGUCAGUCAUGCUUCUAUAGAAACCGUGCUGCGCUCGACAUUGAAGUAUAACUUGGUCUCGAAGCUCACCGGAGCUGGUGGUGGAGGCUGUGUUUUGACGUUGAUACCAACUCUAUUGUCCAAGUUAGUUUUGGAGAAGGUCACCACGGAGCUAGAAUCGCAUGGUUUCCGCUGCUUCAAAGUCGAGGUCGGUGGACAAGGUCUUCAGAUUCACCAAGGAUAAGAUAAUGCUCGCUCCUGUUUCAAUGGAGAUGUUGUACACUAUUUUUAGGUUUGCUUGACCUUCCGAGAUGAAAGCAUUCUUCCUAUUCUGUGCCUAGCAGACCACUCACUGUAUCAGUCAAUAAGCGAGUUUGCCAGUCGCAUGAUUGUUGUUGUAUCAAAUCAAUAAACCCUGUUCCAUAGUCGGGCGAUGGGCGUGGUUGGAAGGAAUAUUUGAGGUGCCAUGUUGCAUCUGAUCUGAUGUAUCAUUGUUAUCAAAGUUGAGUUCAUUGGGUUGGGUCA